GUGCCAGUGGCUCAGUGAUUCGUGGUGGGGAUGCCGGAAAAAUAGACCCAAACUUUUUGGGAGGAAAAUCUUUCUGUUGCCAGUGCUUUUUCGCAUUUUCACCAGUGACUGUUGUCUCCUAAGUGCUUAUCUCUCCCAGUGUGUGCAAAAAAGUGAAAUUACGCGGUGCGACUGUGCAGAAAAAGCUUUGAGAGAAAGUAUUCACAAAUCGUGUUGCUGAGAGCGAAGGAGUGGGAGAGAAGAGGACAGCACGAGGCAGCUUGAGAGCGAGGGAGCGAGACAGACGGUGAGAGAGAGCUGAGAGAAGGGGCAAGCAUGUCGACCGUCAGCCGCCUACUGAGUGUGUGCCGUCCCGGCGGCGGCCUCCGCCCGUACUGCGUGGCGCUCAGUCAGCCUCCGGACGUGAAGGGAAGCGCGUCGUCUGUGCAAGUGACAAUAAAUCGCACCAUGGCCACCGCGACCAGUGAGAAGUUCCUCACCAUCGAGAACCUCAAUCCCUGCAUCAAGGUGAUGGAGUACGCCGUGAGGGGCCCCCUCGUCAUCCGGGCCACGGAAAUUGAGAAGGAGCUCGAGAAGGGCAUGCAGAAACCCUUUAAGGAUGUCAUCAGGGCCAACAUCGGAGACUGCCACGCCAUGGGACAGAAGCCCAUCACGUUCUUUCGUCAGGUUUUGUCUUUAGUACUCAACGACGCCCUGUUCGAGGAUCCCAGCAUAACUGAUGACGUCAAGGAGCGCGCCAGGACAAUUUUGAGCGGCACAAGAGGCUGCUCAGUUGGAUCCUACACAGAUUCAGCUGGAAUUGAGGUGAUUCGGAAGCACGUGGCGCAGUAUAUUGAGAAGCGCGAUGGUGGCAUUCCCUCGGAUCCGGACAACAUCAUCCUGUCCACUGGUGCCUCAGGGGCGAUCAAGAAUAUCUUGGCGCUGUUUCAUGCUGAGGUGAACGGAAAGAAGUCCGGCGUGAUGGUGCCCAUUCCUCAGUAUCCGCUGUAUUCCGCCUCCAUUGCCGAGUUCGACUUGCAAGAGGUGGAUUACUAUUUGGAUGAGUCGAAGAAGUGGGGACUGGACAUUUCUGAGCUGGACAGGGCAGUGAAGGAGGCACGUCGAGUGUGUGAACCUCGUGUGCUUGUGGUGAUAAACCCAGGAAAUCCCACCGGACAAGUGCUGACGCGGAAAAACAUUGAGGAGAUCAUCAAGUUCGCCUAUAAAGAGAGACUGUUCAUCUUUGCCGAUGAGGUGUAUCAGGACAACAUAUACGAUAAGGAUUCCGAGUUUCACUCAUUUAAGAAGGUGCUCACGCAAAUGGGCGAGCCCUACUCGAAGAUGGAGAUGGCCAGCUUCAUGUCCGUGUCCAAAGGGUACAUGGGCGAGUGUGGCAUCCGCGGCGGUUACGCGGAGAUUCUCAACAUGGCUCCGGAUGUGAAGGCAAUGCUUCUCAAGGCGAUCUCGGCGCAAUUGUGCUCCAGCACCAUUGGCCAGGCGGCGAUUGAUUGUGUGGUGAAUCCUCCGCAACCCGGUGAGCCAUCUUAUGAGCUGUUCAUCAAGGAGAAGAAUGGUGUGCUGCAGUCGCUGAAGCGUCGAGCGGAGAUGGUCACGAAUACCUUCAAUUCUUUCGAGGGAUUCUCCUGCAAUCCCGUGAUGGGAGCCAUGUACGCCUUUCCGCAGUUCAAACUCCCGCCCAAGGCAAUUGAGGCAGCCAAGAAGGUGGGCCAGAAACCCGACGUUUUCUAUGCAUUCCAGUUGCUUGAGAGAACAGGCAUUUGUAUAGUUCCAGGCAGUGGAUUUGGCCAAAAGGAGGGAACGUAUCACUUCAGGACGACGAUUUUGCCACAAGAAGAGGAACUCAAGAAGAUGCUCGGCAUGUUUGAUAAAUUCCACAAGGAGUUCAUGAGUCAGUAUAAAUGAGAGAUUUUCCUUUGAGAAAUUUUAAAAGCAAAAUUAUAAGUAUACCUAUAUCGGAAAUUUAUUAAGCAAUAAAAUUGCAUUUUACAACACAGUGCCGCUUGUGAUAGUGACACA